AUGUUGAUUGAGCAGCCAAAUCACAGUUCCGUUCCAAACUCUUCCAUUCCCCCAAUUCUUCAUCAUCUCAAUCGAGAGAAGUCAAAUAAAUCUAUGGCUUCUUCUCCAAUACCUGAUGAUGUCGCCUUAACUAUUUUGUCAAAACUGCCUUUGAAAUCUCUCAAGCGAUUUACCUGCGUUCACAAAUCAUGGCCUCCUUUACUUGAAAACCCUUAUUUCAUGAACAUGUUUCGCACCAAUUUCUUAUCCAAACAUGACUCUUCUUACGAUGAUGAUACAUCUCUUCUCUUAGUGAGCACUGAUUCCAUGGUUUAUCCCAAUCCCAAAUCGCCAUAUUUGCUUUCAGGUGACAAGUUUGAGAAUAUAGUUAAAUUAAAUUGGUCUCCUCCAUUCCAAGGGGAAUUCCCAUUCUUGAUUGGAUCUUUUAUUCAUGGCAUUGUUUGUCUCCAAUCAAACCGUGCAAAGUUUGUAUUGUGGAACCCUGCUACUCAUGAAUUCAAAAUUCUUCCUCCCAGCCCUCUGGAAUAUAAACGUUAUGUGAAUAUUAUGAUUAGUUCUCUUGGAUUUGGUUAUGACCCUGUUAGAGAUGACUUUAAGUUGAUUCGACUUUUAUGGUAUUAUCCACCGUCUGGAUGUGAUGGAAAUGGAGAUGGUUGGCAAGGGCCACUCCCAGACCCUUUGCCCUUUAAUUAUGGCCCUGGUUGGGAGAUAUAUAGCCUUAGAAGCAACUCUUGGAGGAAACUUGAUAUGCCUUUUGUUCAUGAUGUUCCUCUCAUAGAUUGUGACAAUGACAUGUGCAUGAAUGGAGUGUGUCAUUGGUUUGGUAUUGUAGAGGAAUAUCGUAACGAAACACAUUAUUUGGCGUCAUUUAACUUGAGCAAUGAGGUUUUCUGUAUAACACCCUUACCCUUAGAUCUGACUAGUAGAUGGGUGAGGAAAAGCUUGGUGGCGUUAAGUGAGUCUAUUGCGGUGAUAUUAAAAAAUGAAGAAACGACAUCUUUUCACAUAUGGAUUUUGGGUGAACUCGGUGUGAAGGAAUCAUGGACUAAACUUUUCAUUGUUGGACCCAUGCCUGGCGUUGCACUUCCUAUUGGAGUGGGGAAGAAUGGUGAUAUAUUCUUCAGAAAAGAAAAUGGUGAACUAGCCUUAUUUGAUUUAAGUACCAACAUGCUUGAGGAGAUUGCCAUUGAAGAGCAGUUAGAUGCUUAUAGUCGGAUAAGAAGUUAUAAGGAAAGGCUUCUUCCGAUUGGAAGAACAGAACAUAGAUUGUUUUUGUAG